UUUAAAAAUCACUUUUGAUCACUUGCGAUGGCUGCCAAUAUUGCCGCGGCUGUUGCGGUGCCCCAGGAAGUCGAUCCUGUGCUGAAGAAGGCCAUCAAACUGCUGCAUUCCAGCAAUUCGACGUCUGCAUCCGAACUCCGCCUGUUGCUGGACGAAGCGCUGAGGGCGAGGUACGGCCCGGAGAAGAGUAUCACGCAAAACAUGACCCAGCGCAUGAUGGACGAUGAGAUGAGCUUUCCAGGGCGUGCGCCCACCCCACCGCAGCCCAUCAACACGGAUGAGAUCAUCAAUCUGACCAACUCGCCGGACAAGGAUCCCUCGGACUCUGUGGACACCAUUAUCGAUUCGGACGAGUGCCUCAGUGCGGCGGGCAUUGUAAACACAGGCGACACCGGCGACUUUGGCGAUUUGAAUUGCUGCGUCUGUGGCGAAAUGAUGUUCACGGCCACCAAUCGGCUUGUUGAGUGUUCCAAAUGCGGGGCCAUGUACCAUCAGGAGUGCCACAAACCGCCCAUCACCAAAGAAGAGGCGGCCGACGAUCAGGAGCAGACCUGGCAGUGCGAUACCUGUUGCAACAAACCUACAAGCAGUCGGUCCGUGGCCACUGCAGCGGCGGCGGCGACACUCCCGCCAACAAUCUUUAUCGCCGACGAUCCCUUGCCGCUGGCCGCCAGCAAGACGAGCAAAACCGCAUCGGGCGCAUCCUCACGAUCCUCGACAUCAUCCAACUCAUCCUCACCCUUCUACAGGCCAGAGCCGAGCAGCUCUACCAAUGCGAGCAGCAGCAGCAGCAGCAAACAAGGCCACAAGUCGUCAUCAUCGUCCUCCUCCAAGUCGCACAAAGAGGAGCGUGCCAGCAAGUCGGUGGCUCCCUCAUUGACUGCCAUCAGUGGUGUGGAGAAGCAUAGCGCUGGCCCUUCCUCAUCUACAUCGCGUCGGAGCAGCUCGAAUACCAAAUCCAGUUCGAGCAAGAGCAGCUCAUCGAAGCACCACGAAAGCAGCAGCAGCAGCGGCGGCGGCGGCGGCAGCAAACGAAGAUCGAAGCAAUGACGAAACUAUUACUAUUGAAUGCUGACUGCCAUUCAAUAGUCCACAACACGCAUUCAUUUAGAUAUAGAAUAGAACGGAUUUCUUAAGUAAUAAAUUUAUACCCAAAUUCUGGGAAAAUAUUCAA